CAUGGCCGAAAAAGGGGGGCGAGGAGGGUUCUUGGUUUUUUCCACUGCUUGACACGCUUUUAUGGUUUUACCUAUGUUUUCGUGUUGAGGAAUAUCAUAUUUUUUUCUAGUUUUUUCUUCAAAAAAAUAUGUGGAUACCCGCACGGGGCGGGUCGAUGUUUAAUCAUGCGACCACCUAGGGACAGAGGGGGGAAAAAGCAAAAACAAUGUUGGUUCUGAGGUCUGCAUGCUCCACUGGCCAUCCCCUAACAACCUAGUCCUUGUCUUAUUUUCUGUUCACCUACCCCCAUUUACCAUGGAAAAAAAGCGGGAAGAGGAAGGCUGCCAAUUGCAGCCCCCGUGCACAUGGUGGAAGGAAAAGGGAAGGUAGAGAAAAGCAAAGAGUAAAGUGGGCCUACUGGUUCUGGAUGGUUGUGCAAGAGGCAACAAACGCUGUGGGGUAAAACCCAUGUCCUAAGAAGAAUAUAUAGACCCACGGCUAGCCUAUGGAUCACUACAAGGUAGUUGGGUCAUGUUUGAUCAGUGUUCCUUAUCAAGAAGAGGACCGGGGGGCUAGCGUAGAGGUGUUGACCUUUGCGCCCCCCGUCGGGGUCAAUAACAACCUGCCAUGAAUGUUUGGUUAAAUCCAUCCCACCUUAGCAAGGUACAGACAUUAAUAUGCACAUCUCAUCAUUAACUCAUGGAUUUACCGCUGUCUGGCCGAUGUCUCUCUUUCUUUUCUUUUUCUGAGUUUUUUCUCUCUAUUUCUUCGGUUUCAUGGCAAAUUAACUUUUCUUUUUUGUUUUCUUUUCCUACCGCCCCCACUGGAGCAUGGCACACAUCCUGCAACUUGACAUUACUGUGCAAAUCCACAUGCUUCCCAACGCUUGCAACUGCGUCAAGAAGCACCCCCUCCCCUCUCCAAGUAAGAAAAGCUGUCGAGAUUUACCCCCCUAUUUAUCCAGUUUCCAGAUUUUCUUUUCUUUUUUUCUCCAUGCGUCAAGAACCUGGUUUUACUGGACAUCCACGUGCUUGCCAACAUUCACUACCACUUACUGCAUUUAACAGAAAGGAAGGCAUACACGCGGCGCAACGGGGGGAGCAGACAUGCACUCCGACCGCUACUGGACUCAUCUUUAAUAGCACGGGCACAAAUGCCGCAACCUUAAGUUACCGAACAUACCCACGUGCUUCUCAAUGUCCACUAUUGGUGUCUAGAAGCACCCUAUCCUCCCUUUACGUAAGGGAUCUCACGUUCUGCAAAAGGAUAUUGCAUGGUCUCGGUCCUAGAAACCAUGAAAACAUUUUCAUCAGAAGAUGGCCUUACAGAAGAAGCAAUAGUUACCAAGCUCCGCACGUGCCGGUAUCACCAUUUAUAUCUGCACACUUCUUUGAGACAAAAUUCUUCAGGUACUUCUCGUUGGGGAGAAUUUGGUGAGGGGGGGCUUUUGUGGGGAGAAUGUAAUGGAAAGCCCUUUGAAUGGUUUCAUGGUGAUCCUGUUGAAGAGCUUCUGUGCAAGGUAAGAGAGAUAUAUGGUGUUGACCAAGAAACCACAUUUCGAAAUGUUACUGUAUAUUCAGAGAGAAGGCCUCAACCUUUGUAUCUUGGAACUGCAACUCAAAUAGGAGUCAUACCAACUGAGGGAAUACCUAGCUUGUUGAAGGUUUUGCUUCCUGCAAACUGUGUUGGCCUUCCAAUAUUGUAUAUUCGAGAUCUUCUUCUUAAUCCUCCCACUUAUGAGAUUGCUUCGGCAAUUCAAGAGGCAUGCAGGCUUAUGAGCAAUGUGACUUGUUCAAUCCCUGAGUUUACUUGCAUAUCAGCACCAAAGCUUGUGAAAUUGCUCGAGUCGAAGGAGGCUAAUCAUGUAGAGUUCUGUAGAAUAAAGAAUGUAGUUGAUGAAAUUCUGCAGAUGGAUAAAAUCACUGAGCUUUCUACAAUCCUACGCAUACUGUUGGAACCUACUUGGGUAGCAACUGGACUGAAAGUUGAACAUGAUAGACUGGUGAAUGAAUGCAGUUUGGUUUCACAAAGGAUAGGUGAAAUAAUCUCCUUGAGUGGUGAAAGUGAUCAAGAAAUAAAUUCAUUCGAAUUCAUUCCUAGAGAGUUCUUUGAGGAUAUGGAAUCAUCAUGGAGAGGCCGUGUGAAGAGGAUCCAUGCAGAGGAGGCAUUUGCAGAAGUGGAGAGGGCUGCCAAGGCCUUAUCUGUUGCAGUCAUGGAAGAUUUUUUUCCAAUUGUUUCAAGAGUGAAGUCUGUCGUCUCUCCUCUUGGAGGUCCAAAGGGUGAAAUAUGUUAUGCAAGAGAGCAUGAAGCUGUUUGGUUUAAAGGAAAGCGUUUCAUGCCAGCUGUGUGGGCUAACACCCCUGGGGAAGAACAAAUCAAGAAACUCAGACAUGCUACGGAUUCAAAAGGGAGAAAGGUUGGAGAGGAAUGGUUUACCACAAUAAAAGUGGAGGAUGCUCUAAACAGGUAUCAUGAAGCCAGUGAUAAAGCCAAGAACAAAGUUUUGGAGUUAUUAAGAGGACUUUCUGGUGAAUUGCAGACAAAAAUUAACAUUCUUGUUUACUCUUCCAUGUUGCUUGUAAUAGCGAAGGCACUUUUUGGUCAUGUUAGUGAAGGCCGAAGAAGGGAAUGGGUGUUUACUAAGCUCAAGGAAUUUCAGAGUCCUGAGGAUAAGUCAGCAGGAAAUAUUAACAUAAUGGAGUUAUCAGGAUUAUCUCCUUAUUGGUUUGAUGUUGCGCAAGGCAAUGCCAUACAGAACACUGUUAAAAUGCACUCACUAUUCCUUCUGACUGGGCCAAAUGGUGGUGGUAAAUCUAGUUUGCUUCGGUCAAUUUGUGCUGCUGCAUUGCUUGGAAUUUGUGGGCUUAUGGUGCCUGCUGAGUCAGCUGUCAUUCCUCAUUUUGAUUCUGUUAUGCUGCACAUGAAAGCUUAUGAUAGUCCUGCUGAUGGGAAAAGUUCAUUUCAGAUUGAGAUGUCGGAAAUGCGCUCCGUAAUCACUAGAGCUACCCGAAGGAGCUUAGUUCUUGUGGAUGAAAUCUGUAGAGGCACAGAAACUGCAAAAGGAACCUGUAUUGCUGGUAGCUUUGUUGAGAUGCUUGAUUGCACUGGCUGCCUGGGCAUUGUAUCAACCCAUUUGCAUGGCAUUUUCGACUUGCCUUUAGCCACAAAAAAUACUGUCCACAAAGCAAUGGGAACAGAGGUUGCAGAUGGCCGCAUAAGACCAACAUGGAAGUUGAUAGAUGGAGUCUGUAGAGAGAGUCUUGCCUUUGAAACUGCCCAGAAGGAAGGCAUUCCUGAAAAAAUCAUCCAAAGAGCUGAAGAGCUAUACCUUUCAAUGAAUGUAACUGAUGUACACAUUUCUCCAAAUUCUACAAAAGCUGAGCAUUUCAAUGCAAAGUUCUAUGCAAGUGGUCUUGGUGAAAUCAGUGAUUCUUCGAGGACUAGUUUAGAUUUUCUUCCUUUUGGCAGCUUGGAACUAUUACAGAAGGAAGUCGAGAGUGCUGUUACCAUAAUCUGCCAGAAGAAGUUGUUAGAGCUUUACAAGAAGAAGAGCAUAUCUGAGCUUGCAGAGGUGAUGUGUGUUGUAGUAGGUGCUAGGGAGCAGCCUCCUCCCUCAACUGUGGGCACUUCCAGCAUCUAUGUACUCUUCAGACCUGACAAGAAAUUAUAUGUUGGACAGACGGAUGACCUAGUGGGCCGCGUUCGUGCUCAUCGUUCCAAGGAAGGCAUGCAAAAUGCGGAGUUCCUAUAUGUUGUAGUACCAGGAAAGAGCAUUGCAAGUCAGCUUGAGACUCUUCUCAUCAACGAACUUCCCCUUCGAGGCUUCAGGCUCGUCAACAAAGCUGACGGUAAGCAUCGUAAUUUCGGCACAUCUAGACUCCCCAAGGAACCUGUUAAGUUGCACCAAUGAAACAAUGUGUGGCCAGGGGAUGCACCCUAUGCUGCGGUCGCCAUCUUGGCAGCUAACAAGGUAUCCAGAAUUUUUUCUUCCAUUAUCUUUUUUUUUUCUUUUUUGAUUUCGAAGAAGCAAAUUGUCUGCUUCAUUAAUUAAGAUGUUUCCACCAAUUUUGUAGCUCGGGGUGUUGGCUCAAAGUUUUGUAGAUAACAAUGCCAUACAUUGUCUCUUUGUAAUAUAUGGAGGAUACAGAUGUUUUAUCAGUGUAAUUUUCAGUAUAAUUCUAGUAUUAGCUUAUGUCAA